AUGGCUCCAUCAAACUUCAUCGCCCAGUCUACUAAAGAAUCUAACAGUAUCAAUGUUACUGAGCAUAUCAAAUCUGCACAAGAAUAUACAGAAAAAAGCCCUCUUCGUCCGGUCAGAUUGUCGAAAUUCGAUGAUCAACGCAAUACGUCAAAGGUUUCAAGAUCGCCAGACGAUCACAUAACAGAAAAGCUAUUGGCAUUAAAAAUACAACGGCCUGCUCACACCUUACAAAAGCCGACCAGGCAAAGAAAAGUCACCGUCAGCCCUUACCAUCGCAAGUCGCCAAUCACGCCUCCUCGUACCCCAGAGAUAUCUAGGAAGAUGUUAAGGGUACCCAGAAAUCCUACUGCGAAAUUUGAAAAGGAGACUAUCAAUGGGAAAACUACCCAACGCAGUAUCUUCCGCAUAAACGAUGUGUCGUCAUCUUUGUAUCAGUAA